AUGGCAACCACACAUUCAUCAAUUGACACCCACCUCGAGGACGACAACUGUGAGCAUGUUACCAGCAACCCUGCUCGAAUGCAUUCAUGUCCUCGAAAGCGUAUCAUAGUCGCCUGUGAUGGCACAUGGAUGGACUCUGAUAGUGUCGAUCAAGUGCCCUCAAACAUUACUCGCAUUAUCCGAGCCAUACCACCUGUCGGUGUCGACAACAAUGACCCGGCACAUCCAACUGCAAUUCCUCAAAUCACCUUCUACCAGAACGGCGUCGGUACAGGUCAGAGCGGCUGGUACUACAAGCAGAUCGGCAAGUACUUACAAGGCGCUACAGGAGAGGGCCUCGCGGAUAAUAUUCGUGAAGCCUACUCCUUCAUAUGUAGCAAUUAUCAUCGCGAUGAUGAAAUCAUUCUACUAGGCUUCAGUCGUGGAGCCUUUACAGCCCGCAGCAUCAGCACCUUGAUCAAGCAGCUUGGACUACUUACACCAAAAGGUCUAUCGUAUCUGGUUGAGAUGUGCGACGACUGGGAGCAUCAGAAUGUCCAAGGCUGGAAAUCUUCAUCUCCAGAACCCUGGCCUGAUAGGCCGAGCUUCUCGGACCCUGCCUACCACGAGAUGUUGCACAAAUUGCAACUCAGUCGAAGGAACAUCCCAAUUAAAUGUGUCGCUGUGUGGGAUACAGUAGGUGCGCUGGGAAUACCCAGUCUCGCCAUCUUUCCUCCUUCCAGAACCAAAGAGUUCGCCUUUGUAGACACAAAGGCACUCGACAAUGUUGAGUAUGCUUUCCACGCCCUAGGUCUGGAUGAACGAAGACGAUCAUACGCACCUACUAUCUGGUACAAGCCGCCCGAGCAGCAUUUCCCCAGAGUCCUAAAACAGACCUGGUUUCCUGGUGUUCACAGCGAUGUUGGAGGCUCCUAUGCCAACGACGACAUCGCAAACCUAACACUAGCUUGGAUGGUCGGACAGCUCGAAGAGCACAAGCUACUGACAUUCAACCGCGACUAUCUCAUCCGCCAGAUCCACCAGACACUUUUUCAACACGAGAAAGCACAAGAGGUCGAAGCCAAAACCGAAGAAUCCUCAUCCACCCCUCGAACCAUCGAACGCGCCAGAACAUUCGGACCACUCCGACCAUGGGGCACAGGCAAAAUCCACGACAGCUACACCCUCUUCUUCCGCCUCGCAGGCUCCCAAACCCGCACACCAAUGGAACACCCCGAAUACACCAAAGCAACCAUGUCCCCCACCGGCCACACUCUAACCGGCACCCACGAAUCCAUGCACGCCUCCGUCCGCGUCCGCAUGGCCCUCGACGCCCCCGGCCCCGACGAUAAAGGCGACUAUGCCUCGGACGCCCUGAAAGGCUGGUCAUUCAUCUGGAAAGCGGACGCGCAGCCUGAUACGCCAUGGCAGGUAUCGCAGCCGGGGGUUGUGGGGAGAGUGAAGGGGGUGGAGUGGGUGAAGAAGAAGGUGGGAAGGGAAGAGUUGAGGAUGCCGGAGGAUGAGAUGACGGAGUUUGAGAGGGUUGUGUUGAGGCAUUGGACUAGUCGGGAGGAUGGGUGGGAGGAGGGGGCCAGGGAGAGGGAGGAGGUUUUGUAUUCGGCGAGGCCGAGGGGAAGGGAAACGGGUGGGGAGGGGAGUAGUGGUGGUGGUGGUGGUGGUGGUAUGGCGAAGCAGAACGUCAAGGCUGCUAGGGCUGUGUAUGGGACGAGGACUUCAAGGGCAAUGAGUUCAGUCGUUGAGGAGAAUCAUGGCGAGCAAGAGGUCAAUACGGCGGAUGGACCAAAACAUUUGCAUAUCACUACGAACAUGUAA